AUGGUUCCCAGUGUUCCCAGCGUUCCCAGCGUUCCCAGCGUUCCCAGCGUUCCCAGUGUUCCCUCUAAUGGACAACCCAUGUGCCGUGCGUUCCUUCCACUCCAUCUUUUUGCAUUCCUGUUGCUGUUGUACCUCUUAAAAACACACCUGCUGUGGCUGAACAAUGAGCCAGCAUCAGCAUCAGCAUCAUCAGAGCAGGAGGCGCCGCCCACCUCCACUAGGGGGCACUACAGCGCCACCAAAAAGAAGCAGAAGAAGAAGAAGAGGAGGAGGUCUUUUGUUGAGCUUUGGUUCACCCUCUCCAUCCUCAUCCUCAGCAUCAGCAUCCUCAACAUCAGCACCGCAUCCAGCUGCUCCUGCCCCUGGAUCCCUCUAUCUCCGACCAGGAUCUGCCCUCCUCCUUUUUCCUCAGGGAGCUCUUCCUGGAACCGGGAGGAGGAGGAGGAGGAGGAGGAGGGGAGGAGGAAGGAGGGAGGGAGAUCACCACCUCCCAGCUCGCUGCCGCCGCCGCUGCCUCUACGGACCCCCUUCGACCGGCAUCAGGAGGAAAAAAGGAGGAAGGAUGGAGAAGGGGAGGGAAUUUUAGAAGAGGAGAGGCAACACCCAGGGUUAGAGGAGCAGAAGAAGAAGAAGAAGAAGCAGAGGAUCUUAUUACGCCUGGAGGCUGGAGCGGCCGCAAACCAAAUGUCAGCGGCGGUGGCGGCGGAGGACCCCAGGCCGAGGCCCAGAGGAGCCAUUGAUGGAGCCUCGCCUCACACUGCAACGAGGCGUCUUCAAUCAAUGCGACCGCCCCCCCCGCUUUGUCCAUACGCGUGUGUGUCGGUUUGACGCCCGAAGCAGGGCAGCUGAUGGCGGCAGCGGCCAUGAUGAUGGUGGCCAUGAUGGUGGUGGUGGUGAUGAUGCUGAUGCUGAUGAUGCGAUGGUCACGUGCUUUCUGGCGUACCCCCCCCCCCCCCCCCACGCCCCCCCCCCACUGUGUUUACUGAAAGACUCUCUUCGGUGACGGGUAUUCUUGGGUGGAUAAUACGGAUCACGUUGUUAUUGCUUAAGAAUACGCGUAGUCGAGGAGAGUCCUCUCUUCGCCCCCCAAUACCGGCAACACCUCCCCCCCACCCCCACACUCCAGGCCUGACCUGACCUGACCUCCCCCCAACACCCACCCACUGCCUCAGCACACCUCACCCACCUGUGGAGGACUGUCAGGUUGGGGGUGUGAAUCCACUGCCCCCCCCACCCCCCCCACCCCCCCCACAACUGUCAACUCUUCGCCCCCCCCAAAG